GAAGGACAUGAUUCUAUCCCAGAAUGCAUCAGAACAUAUUCACUCUGUAAUGGUUAUGUUCAGAUUCUCUGCCGAUUGUGGUAAACAACGUUAGCUUGAUUUAAACACGAAGGAGUAAACAUUUCAAUGUAUUCUUCAAUUAUAUAGAAUUUCGCCUACACUGAGGAAACCGGCUUGCGUGAUGGCGGACAGCCCCGGAGAUGAUGACUUUGAAGAUUAUGACAAGCCAGGUGCAGAGAGAUCACGCAGGAGGAGAGGCGAAGAUGAUUUAGACAGUGAUCUUGAGAAUGAUUUGCUGGAGGAGGAUUGGCUGACAGCCAAAAAGGAUCCCUCAGAAGUGUCAGAUGAGGAAUUGAACGAUGACCUUCUACAAAGCGAUGAAGAAGAUCUAAACAUUGGCCAGGGCGUUAGCCUCAAUGCUACUCUAUGCGAAUUUGACCAGCAGGUGAACCCCAUAGACUACCCAGAAAAAGGAGAUGUAGAGGGGGGCUACCAGCAGGAGGGGGGAGAGUACAUGGGCGAGUACAGCCUGCCCAAUGACAUGGAGAUACCAGACGGCCAAAUGGAAUACUCAGGAGAACAGGCUGGGGGCGACGGAGUGUUAGACAUUCAAAUCAAUGAGCCUCUAGACGAUGAAUUUCAAGCGGAUGAUUACUCACCAAGCUAUGGAGGUGGAGAAAAGCAGGAGGAGCAGGCAGCGCAACAGGAAGCCCCAGAGGAGGAGGAGGUCUCUCAGCUCGCAGACACAGAGGCUGAGAAUGAAGCAGAGCCAAAGGAAGAAGUGAAGGAGGAGGAAGACGAGGAUGAAGAGGAAGACGACGAUGGCGAGUCUGGCCGGUUGCGUUUCAAAACGGAGCGUAAAGAUGUCACGUCUGGUGUUGUGCGGCUGGCGGAUGCGGGAACCAAAAGACGGAACAUUCCUGAAACAUUAGAGCUGUCUGAAGAGGCCAAAGCAGGCCUGAUGGAGUUUGAGGAGAAGGAGCGCCAGAGGAAGCAGGGCCGCUUUGGAGGCCGAGGAGGAUUCAGAGGUCGAGGAUUAAGAGGGAGGUUCCCCGGAUUUGGUAUGGGAGACUUUGGUGGAGGAAGAGGACGAAUGAAUGACCUGAGGCUCCCAAUGGUGCCUCUACAUAUGGGCAUGCAGCUGUCUCCCUCGAGAAUGACUCCCCCUCACCCACGUCAUCAUCUUCAGCAGCACCAUCGUCAGGGUGGCUCUCGAGGGCCCUCCUUCCAGGAGCACAGCGGCGGCCCGCUGGCCCUACAGCCCCUCCUCCCCCUGCACAUGGCCCAACGCGGGGCACCAGUCAGGCCCCAGACGGACCCACCACACCGCAUGAUGAGUCCCCCUCCCUCACACAACCACCACCAACAGCAGCAGCAGCCCAAGAACAUCCACAUCAACCCCCAUUUCAGGGGCCCUGCAUCCUCCCCUGCACAAGUGCCCUUGCUGCCUCCUGCCCAGAGCCAGCCCAGACCUGCUGUGGGUCCUCAGAGGUUCCCUCGACCAGGGGACUUCCAGCAACAGCACGUGCCGGGUAAUUUCGGCCAGCCGCCCCAGAGGCCCCCCCAUCACAUGGAGCCCUGGAGGAACCAGCCUCCCCCCACCCCCCAGGACAGAGAGCCCUUCUUCAUCGGGGAGCCAGGGCGGUUCCCAGGGCAGCAGCUGCUCAUGUUCGAUCACCAGAACCCCGGCUUGCUCAUGAACAGUAAUAACCACCAGCUCUCCAGCCAGGGCCACAUGGCCUUCAACCAGCCACGCCCAGGGGGGUUCAACCAGGCAGGCCAGGGUCCAGGGGGCCAGCUAGGGAUGUUCCAGAGAGAGCCAUCCAGACCUAACCUGCCUCCCCAGGGCCACCCCCAAAGCCACCAGGGCAUGGCCAGCCUGACUGGGCAAAGUGGACCCACUAACACCAGGCUCUUCAUGGGUCACCGUCAGCCCAGCUUCCCCCAGCAGCAGGGGACUCCCGGGCCGUUCCCCUCACAGCAGCUCCAGUUUGGGAUGCAGGUACGGAUGAGAGGCUUGAUGCAGCACGGCCUUCUCCACUCGCAGCUCCAGCAUCAUGACUUGCCUCUAUCCCAUCAGCAGCACCAUAGACAGGACCUGUCUCAGCUGCCUCUCCAGCACCACUCUCACCCCCAUCCCAACGAGCAGCGGCAAGGCCCCAUGAUGCAUCGCGGCGGGCAAGGCCAGCCCCCCUUCCACCAGCAGCAGCACGGCAGCCCGAGACAGAUGCACCCUAGUGGGCCCCGCCCCCAGAGCUUCCAGCAGCGUAACGCCCCCAUCAGGCCGAGGAUGAGCCCCCCUGCCCCCAAACUCAUUCCCCAGCGCAACAGCAACCUCCGCGAGCUCCCCGUGGCACCUGGAAACCAAAACGCGAACAACGUCCGCCCGGCCUCUGCGCCAAACGCCUCCAACGUCAGGCCCGUUGCCAGGGCAAUGCAAGGAGGGGCGCGACCAGGCCUGAACCCUCGGCCGGUACCCGGCGGUGGCAGAGGAAGAGCCCAGCCUGCUGCUGCCAACAAUGCUGCAGCACAGCUACCUGGGCCACUUGGAAGAACGGUGGUUCGCAGGGAUUCCACAAGCACUCUGCCAAACACAGCAGUACAGGAUCCGGACGAGGACGAGGAGACGCGGCAGUACCGUCUGAAGAUCGAGGAGCAGAAGCGUCUCCGGGAAGAGAUCCUGAAGAGGAAGGAGAUGAGGAGGCAGAUGCAGGCCAGCGUCCGCAAGAAGGAGCUACUGGAACGCAUCAACGGCCAGGGUGACCCACAACAACAACAGCUGCAACACCAACAACAACUGCAGCGUCCGUUUCCUCCUAAACCGCAACAGCCCCAGCAAGGCACUUCUGCUUUCCCUCCCAGCGGCACCCCACAGACGCCCACUGCACUCCGCCAGAACGUCAAGACCCACCUGACCAAGGGUGAGCAAGCACCGGCUCCAGGCUGGCAGGGCGGCCAGCAGGGGAGCAACACUGGCCCCGGGUGCCCUGGUCCCAACCCUCACCAGCAGGCCCAGUGGCAACAGCAACACGGGCAGCAGAGGAGGAACGUUACACAGCUGAACCCUAUCAGACCAGGUGGGGCCCCUCCCAUGGGGAACAUGCCCAUUCAGGGAGUCCCAAUGGCGGGUCUGGGUUCCGGCCAGGCCCAGUCUCUGGGGCCUAAAUCAGGGGUGAAGAGAACUGUGAUGCAGCGAGCCAACAGUGGAGACGGAGCGGGGCCACAAGUUCCACAGAAAGUGAGAGUGGUCAAGCUUCUAGGAGGGGGAGGAGAUGUGAGUGGUGCCAGCGCCCCAGUCCAGCAGCAGGCCGCCAGGCCAGCCCCCCAGCUCCGCCAGUGCCCAGUGAGGAAGGUAACCCUGGCCAGCCCCCCCGGAGGACUGCCCAUACAGGGCCUGGUCACACAGGGGGGCAGAGGGGGCAUGGGCAACAGGGUGGUUGUCCCGGGGUGUGGCAGAGCCAGCGGGGCCGCGGGAGGGACGGGUCAGCUGGGCCGGGGGCGCCUGAUUCCUACCAGACAGAGCCAGAGAGGGGCAGAGGACAGCCAGGCCUGCACUGUGUCCAUAGACGGCCUCUCCACAUCCACCACCGACGCGCAGCUCCGGAACUUGCUCAACUCAAUCGGCCCCAUCCAGAUGUUCAAAAUGCUGCCCCAGCAGAGGAAAGCCAUUGCCAAAUUUCACAAUCCCCAGCAUGCCUUGAGUUUCCAAGUCAGCUUCAACAGGCAUAUGAUAGAUUUGUCCCAUAUUGAUGUGUCACUGAUUGAUGUCUGAAGCCGCGCGGUAGAGGGUGGCGGCGAGUGCCCAGUGCAGGACGUCACGCCUGACACUCAUGUGGCUUGGAGGUUCCGGUGUACAGAUCCUUCAGCUAUAUGUAACAACGGCUCUAUGGAACACACAGAACCUACACAGCACCCUCAUCCUCCUCACAACAAGCACCCCUGACCUCCUUGCCUGCUGACGGAUCUACUGAGGAAAACUUCAACACAAAGCAGCAUGUUUUGCUCAUGUUUGAAUUUCUGUAAAGGGGGAGCUUCAAUGCCGGUUUCAUAUGACAAAUAUGUUUAUGGUCACUGGUCUGGACACUUGGACAGACGUGACUAGAGGGAAGAUGCUGGAUAGUCUGUGAUUUUUCAAACUUUGACAGAAGGAAUCUGAGAUGAGUAAAAGGUUUGUGCAUCGGGCACUAACGACAACAAGAAGUAGUGGUUGACACUGGAUAAUGGUUGCUCCCCACCCUCAGCUCAGUUGUGAACACCAUCUAUAUCAACGAUUAGGGAAAAGAGUUUAGGAGAUUUAACUUGUACCUGGAGAUUUUACAAAUUUUCUGAACAGGUGUUUUUGAUUCGAGGCAAGCUGCUGAUGUAGGUCUUGACUGAAAGAAACGGGUGUAGAAUAGGUACGAAGCUUGCCACUACAUAUUUUCCUUUCUGGCAGUGCCAUUUUCCUUCUACAAAUGGCAGCAUUUCAUAAUUAUUGUGGAUUGGAUGCGAUGGGUUGACUUUUUGGGUAGAGCCCUUCCUCAAGUAGUGUUUCAUUCCUGAGUAAAUGGCACAGCCUAGUGGAGAAUUUAAUCCAAUAAAAAAUAUAAUCUGGUUUGAGGGUAUGACUAUGGGGAUUCAAACUUGACCUUGCGUCAGGUAACGAUUCCAAGGAUUUUUAUUCAAAUAGAAUUUAGAUUGAUGAGCCAUGCAAAUAUAGGACGUUCUUAACCUAUUCCUAACAGAAUUUCACAGUUCUGUUAAAGAAAGCCCUUUUGACUGGCCACCAUGUCUUCACCUUUCACUUCUGGACAAAUACUAGGCUGGAUGACGGAUAAAUAGUGUGUAUUUGUUAGGUUUUCUCUACAUUUUAAGGUCAUUGACGUUACGCGGAAAGACUGGUUUAAUUGUCCUUAUGAUGCUAGUGUGUCCAUUUAGACCGUUUAGCGUUACUUGAUCAUUGGAAAAAUGUGUAAUUUAAUAGGGAGCCGUUUCGUUUUGUCUUUUAACUGGGUAAACAUGAAUAGGGUGUCUACGCUUGUGUGGUCUCGGAAUCCAUUUUAGACUUUAUUGACAUUUUUGGGAUGCACUCAACUUUAGUUUUGUGUAUCGUUGGCAUAUUCUGAUUUCAUUGGUACAUGUCAGGUUUAGUGGGUGUGUUCGCUCCAUAGUAAAUUGUCAUUACAGUUACAUUUUAAAGGUUUAUCAGUGUUUCCCUUAGAAUUUGUUUUAGCAGUGGUGGCAACUGUCACAGAAGGUGGGUGGGUGGGGUCAGGCAAGGAUCAUAAAGGGGUUUAUCUGGUGUUCGUGUUGGAGGGGCGUGGUAAUUGGCGUGGUCAGCCCGUUGGCGCAGCUUAAUUCGAUCCAUAUUUGUCGGCGGAGAGACAAAUUUGCUGUUUCUCAGCAAAGUUUCCUGCAAUUCUAUGUAUCGCUUUUUGGCAUGGCUGUGUUAUGCUCACACACAACAAAAGCAAUGGGUACCCCAAUCAGGGCCCCUGGGUAUGUGCCCGGUCAGUAAUCCAGCCAGGCUAAAAAUACUCAUAAAUUCAUAGGACGACUCAUACAUGUACAAUAUUAACUGUCUAGCUUUAAUUUUUUUCGAUUUCUAGUUCUCAAAGAUUAUAUUAAAUAAUAUAUUUAAAUUAUAAUUUCUAAGUACUUUGUCUGGUUUUUGUCAUUUAAGUUUACACAAAACAUUUACCCAUUCCACUUUUUUACAUAUAUAUUUGGUGUGGCGGCAACAAUUUAGCAGCGCCGCUGUGAAAUGAAUACAGGGGAAACACUGGGUUUAUGAUUGUCAUGCUACAUUGGUAUAAUGAUUCAAAUGCUGAGUAUGGUUGGUAGUUUUAUAGUGUCUCAACAAAAUCUUUUACAGAUUGAUUGGACUUUGGGGCGUCCAAUUUUUGUAGGGUACAAUUUUUACAUUGCAUCAGCUGUCUUUUAGUUGCCAUAAAUUUAGAUUCUGUAUUGGAUUGCUGAUAUGAUUAUUAUUGGCCGAUACGUUCAGAAGAUUUUUGAUAUGGGUCAUUUAGAAACCGUUGGAAGUUUUGUUUCUGAUCAAAUAGAACUCUAACCUGAGCUAGAACUCUUUACUUUCAUUUAAUAGUAAACUUUAGUUUGACUCAAUAGUAAAACAAGGAUACUGGUUUGUUAUUUUUGCAUUGGAAAUGUCAUACUUGUUUUUUUUACUUUUAAAAACUAAUUUACAAACUCAUUCUAUACUGAGUGCAUACAUACAUACAUCUUAUUUGUUUUAUAAUUAUUUGUCAAUGAUGGAUUGCAGGUUUACUGAAACCUGGUGCAACAAAUGCAUAUUUGUGUCAAAAGUACCUUUCAGUAUUGCUGGAUCACGGCUCGGUUAGGUUUUUAUUUUAUUUUUCUUCCAAAAGUGACCAACCACCUCUAAUAAGAGAUCAGAAUAAAAAAGUUGCGGUAUAAUUUCAUUAUUUAGUAUAAUUUAGCGCAGUAUCUGUUCCAUUUGGGAAGGUGUGGGGGCAACCAUUGUCAGUGUAUUAGUAGUCAUGAACAUAACAUCAAACCAUUAUAACUGUCACUGAAUGUUUCACUUUUCCAAACCUUUUGAGUUUUCAUUAUGUGCUUUGUUGUAUCAAGUUAACCUUUUUUAUUUUUAUAAAUGUAUAUAUCUAGAUAUAGAUGUGUGUGUGUGUGUGUGUGUGUGUGUGUGUGUGUGUGUGUGUGUGUCCAGACUUUCGUUAUUCUACAAGUGUUUCAUUUGUAUGGAGAACAAAAACUUGAGAGCCUGGACCCUGUUUCUGUUUGUCGAUAUUUGAAGACGUUUUAAAGGGAAAAUAAAAUAUGGCCUAUAUAUACCAUGAAAAUAUGGUUAUGUGAAGCCGAUUGAACUAU